CCAACGCAACGGUUAAAACAUAAACUCAAGACGGACGGACGGACGGACUGACUGACUGACUCCCCACUCCCCCAACUUCAAAAAUCCACACACGACACGCCACAAGAGUGACCAUUACUCCUUCAACAGAGCUCUCCCCCGCAAAAAAGAAAAAGAAAAAGAAAAACUUGUACUCGAAAGCUUCUUUCUUUCUUUCUCUGCUUUCUUCGGUUGAGAGUGAAUUUCUGUUGAUGCAUAAUAGUUUGAAGAGAGAAUUGAACAAGGCAUAGGUCUGGCCGGGUUAAGGGUGUUUUUCAGCCGACUCGGAGGAAGGAGUAAUAACACUAGUAGGAAGAGGAGAAAACUGAGGGUAAAGAUGAUGGAUUGGUGGCAUAAAAUGGUUUUUCCUGUAAGAAGAGUUUGGAUUGCUGUUUCUGCACGCGUCAAAGCUCGCAAAAAUGGUGCUGGACUUUUGAAACUCAGGGAUGACAUACAAACUUGUGGAUACGAGGACGUCCAAGUGAUGUGGGAAAUGCUUAGGAGAACCGAGUCGGAGUUGAUGUCUCGCCACGCUAAGCGUAAGCAGCACCGUCAUUUCUGGAGGAUCUUCAUAUGGUCCAACCAUAAUCAUGCCUCGUCCUUCGCCUCAAAUCCUGCUCAGUGAGCCAGCCCAGUUUUACUCCAAUAAAGCAAAAAAAAAGUCCUGAUGACAUUCCACAGCAAGUGUUUUUCAUGGAUGGAAUCAUCAUUUCUCCAGCCUCCAGCCUGCAAAGUGUUUUACAUGGACGGUUCAGACCACACCGCUUAUAGCAUGUUCAUACUCUACCUAUAUGAUGUAUUUCAUCCCUCUUCCCUGAACACAUAAGAGGUCAGAUGAAUGUGUGUUACAUUGACAAAAGUCAGAUGUAAAUAUUAUUGUGUUUUGUCAUGAUCCACAAUCAUCUUACAGCAAAAAGAAAUUCCAAUAAGUUCAUUUUUCCUAA